CACAUGGAUAAUUCAUCCAGAGACCUGUCCAGACUUGCCCAAAGCUCAGCACAGACUGCAAAUCCUUUUAGAAAUCUGUAACCAUGAAGAUGCUGCUGGCUGGAAUCGUCCUGAUCCUAAUUGUCCAAACCAAUGCUCAGUGGUACAACUUUCCAGUUGAAGCUGCUCAAGGAGCGAGGGACAUGUGGCGGGCUUACAGUGACAUGAGAGAGGCUAACUGGAAAAACUCGGACAAAUACUUUCAUGCCAGAGGAAACUAUGACGCUGCGCAGAGAGGAGCCGGAGGCAGGUGGGCUGCUGAGGUGAUCAGCAAUGGCAGAGAGUGGAUUCAAGAGAAGACGGGCCACGGAGCUGAGGACAGCGCAGCCGAUCAGGUUGCAAACCGUUGGGGGAGAGAGGGAGGAGAUCCCAAUCAUUUCAGGCCAGCAGGGCUCCCUGACAAAUACUGAGGCCAAAGUCCUUGUACUGAAUCUGGUGAAAAGAACUCUCUGGAGUUGGAGAUAAUGGGAAUCCAUAUCCGCAGUGACAAAAUGAAUUUGGAUGUGAAA